AUGGCCUUUUCAAACCCGUUUCCUUCUUUGGGGGUUGAGUCUGUGUUGAAGCGCCGGACUCCGCCUCCUCCUGUGGUCAGAGACCAGGGGAAGGUCCAGUACCUGCGCAGCACGGCGCCCUCUAGAGGCCUGGUACAGACGGACAGUCCAAACUUCUUAUGCAGCGGCCUCCCUCAGCACUGGAGAUGCAACAAGAGCCUGCCCCGAGGCUUCACCGUGGUGGCGCUAGGGAGCGACGUGCCGGACGGCGUGCUCGUUACGCUCAUGGCAGGUAACGAUGACAACUGCUCUGCUGAACUCCGCAACGCCACGACGACCAUGAAGCACGGCUCCGCCCACUUCACUGACCUGCGCUUCCUGGGACGCAGCGGCCGAGGAAAGAGCUUCACUCUGUCCAUCAACGUUCUGACCACGCCCCCUCAGAUCGCCACGCUCCAGAGGGCCAUCAAAGUGACAGUGGACGGCCCCCGACUGCCCCGGCGUCAGAGGCAGAGGGAGGGGAGGUCAGCUCUGGUCCGAGUCCCUCACGGCCGCAGCUCUGGUCCCUCAGAGUGUAAGACCUACUCAUCUACAAUCUGGACCAAUGAGCCGUCGUUUCUGGGUCACAUGACCUCUCUGAGUUCCUCUCUGUCUCAGCACCUGCCUCACGCUUACGCUCCCGCCGCCGCGCCGUACGGCUCCUACCUUCCCCCUCCCCAGCCGCCUCCCCUCAGUCACAGUGGCUCAUUCUAUUAUGGAGCGAACCAGCACCUCCACGGGUCAGGGGACGAGCGCGGCGUCGUCAACACACUGACCAAUUACAUCGAAGGGGCGUGUCUUCCGGUCAGAGGGGAGGAGCCUGUGUGGAGGCCCUACUGA